AUGGGAUGGGAGCCCAAAAGUGGAGGCGACAAGGCAAAAUGGAGAAAAGCACCACCUUCCUUCCCUCAGGCGCUCUUACCUAUCUUACGGAGUCCUUUAGGUACUUCUCAUCUUCUCAAGGACUGGGCGACACGCGAAGGGCGAAGGAGGGCUGGCGGCGGGCAGCGGGCGGCGGACCACCUCACUGGGGCGGACAGGCGCUGGGUGCUAAAUGGGACACGGAGACUGGACGGGGGAAAUAGAACCAAGGAAGAAGGCACGAAGGAGACGAGGUAUCCGUGGUACCUACCUUACUCCGUGGGCCGCAGUUGCGCAGAGCCGCACGUACCCUCUCCGUGCUCGUUCCCUCCAGCCCAAGGUCCGAAUACCUGCCUUCUACCUGCGUUCGGGUGGCCUUCCAUCCCCUCUCCCACACGGCAUUACAUAAGGCAUCUUCCAUUCAUUAUGCUGGACGAUACGGGCAGCAACCCGACACAGCAAGCCUUCUUUUUCGGUGCCAACUUGCUGGUUCGUAGUUACCCGUCCGGCCGUCCACCCGUCCUCAACCUGGCAAGUCUCUACCGGUAUUCUGACCAUACUACGGAGCACCCUGUCAUCAUCAAGAACGUCAGCUCCAACUUGGACUAUCCGUGUUGUCUAUUGAACCAUUCAUCAAAUUCAACAAUCGAGCUGUCCACCUGGCUUGACACCGCCUCAUGA